CAUGAAGCUGCUUUUGAUCUCACUGACAUUGGCAGCCCUGGUCGCAGGAUGUCUAGUACUGCUCAGGAAGAACGAUGGACCUCGCAAGAAAAGAGCCUGGACACAUGAUAAUUCACAUCACUAUACAAUGAUACAAGACAAUAUCCACCCUUGGAUGAACAACGCAUGGUAUCGGUACAUACAUGACAGCACACCCACCAAAGACUGUUAUGUCUGCUCACAUAUGCCACCAACAACACAAUAUGCAACAUUGUAUGGCAAAGCAAUGAACAUGACUCAGGUGAAGUGUGCAGCAAGCUACGCCAGUCUCGGGUAUCAGUACUCUGGAAUUGUGAUCAACCACAACGAACCCUCGAAAAUAGGAUUACGAAAUGGCACGUGCGAUGAAUGGUUCUGGGUCGACCUGAAGGUGAAACAAAGGAACAAGGCUGGGUCAUUUCCAGUCUUUCUCAAGAACCCUGGAAAUUGGGAUCAUACCUUGUGCUACCGCCAGUCUAAGGGAACUAUAGACAUGGGAAACACCACCAACUGCAAAGCAGUAGUGACGCAUGCUCUUGGAGGACCAGUGAAGAACAAUGACAUUUCCAAUGGCACCUAUUGGGUGCAGGGAAUGGCCUGGCUAUGUGGACAGCGGGCCUAUUUCACUCUCCCCCAGAACUGGACGGGUAUGUGUGCUCCAAUCUUCAUAUCUGAUCACACGUUUAAAAUAACUACCGACGGUACAUCACUCAAAAGAGGGAAGAGAUCAGUUGACACUCCAGACCCGAAACCACAUGACCCAAUAUGGGGCUCUGACGUCCCACAGGAAUUCAAGCUUUGGACUACAGGACAGAAAGUGGCUGAGGAUCGAGACAUUGAACUAUCGAUUUGGAUUGUUCCUGAAUACAUCAUGUCGAGUCAAUGACCAGCAAAACGAGGAGAUAGAUGCCCUGCGAAUAAUGGUCAUGCAACAUCAAGUGGCGCUUGAUAUUGUGCUGGCUGAAAAAGGAGGAUUAUGUGUGCUUUUUAACACCACCUGUUGCACUUACAUACCUGACAACAUACAUUCUAGUAACAUGACGGAUGCAUUAAAAGUUCUAAAAAGGCUUCAGAAUGUGCAGUCAAAGGAAUAUGUAGACGGGGGUACAGAUUGGUUGAGAUGGUUGCUAAAUGGCUCAUGGACUGUUUUGCUGUAUAAAGGUCUAAUAUUCAUAGGACUCUUACUUGUAUUAUUCUGUGUAUUCUCCACAUGUAUUCUCCCUUGUCUCAGGAAGAUGAUUUCCAAAAUGAUUUCCACAUCAUUGAUAGCUUAUGUUACUGUACCACUGGAUGACAAAAAUGAUCUGAGUAACAGUGAAGAUAACUUUGAAGACGAAGAUGUCUAUGUGUAAGAAGAAAAUCUUAAAGACGACCUGUGAAGCUAGAUUGCAAUAUAAGUAACACAUAAUGAUGACAUGUUUGAAAAUGCUAGGAGCAAGAGAACAUGUUCGGAAAUAAAGUGUGAAACGUGUUUAAAUGAGCUAAAACAGGAGGGAAUGUUAAAGGAUUUUUAUAUGUAUUCUGCUUUAUUGUAGUUAAAAACCCCUAGUUGUUUAGCUUCAUUUAAAUCUCCUAUUUUACUGUGUUUCAUGAAAAAGCUUGCAUGAGAGAAUACCACAGGUGCCUCCACCCUUGCUGAGUUUGCUGAGAUAAGCUUGACUGGUUACUAUUUUUAACAGUUUAAAUAUGUUUCAUUGUUAUCACCUUGUAAGGAGUUGUUUUACACACAAGGGGCGCCGACCUGACAUAUUUUAGGAAGGAGCAGGGUAUAAAUAAAGAGAGAACUGAUGUCUCAGGGUGAGUCUCCACUGAGAUCACCCAUGUAUA